GUAUACAAUUAGUGAUAGCUUAUCUCAACAGCUGUUUUCUAGCUUGGCAAUUUUUAUUUUUAUUGUAGUUUACAAUGAACUUGUGUGCAGACUAAUCAAAAGCAUUUCUUUCAAAGCAAUUCACCGGCUAAGCACUCUCCAUUCAUACAAACAGAAAUGAUUUGUGGAAAAAUACAAAUCAAAUCGAUAUCAAAGCAGACGCCUUUGUGAUUCCGUUGCAGUCGUUGGACUGACUGCCCUGGCUAGUUUUCCAUUGAAAAAUCAUCAAAAUGUCGGAUAUUCUCUUGGAAUGUUCCCAGCUACAGUUGAGGACAAUGUUGGAUAUUCUCAAAUCGCAGCUACCGCGUCGUAUACAACAACAUAAUUUCAUUUACAGUUAUCUCUAUCAUUACGAGCGCAUAAAUGCAAAUCGAGAACAGCUGAAAUCGGAACGAUGGAAUUUGAGAUUCUAUACCCAUCGCUAUGGCAAGCUGGAGAAUUGUACGCUUAUAACUUUGAAUGGUUGUGGGGAUUACAUUGUGUUAUGUUUUACCCUGCAAGAAUCCCAAGAGGAGCUAAGAGAAUGCCUUGCCAAAACGAAUUUAAUCGAAUGGCGUGCCAAACGUAUGUAUUUGAUCUGCGAUGAAAGUAUAAUUCCACUGAUGAAAGAGAUGCUUCCUCUGAGGUUGAAUAUAGAUUGGGAUUGUACGCCGUUUGAAAAUAUAAUGUAUAUAACAAAGGAAAAGAUUGCUGCACUACAAGUUGAUGAAAUCAUACCCGAGGAUUUAUAUGUUGCACCCCUGGAUGCUGAAAAACAUGCCGCCACAAUUAACGAAAAUUGGACUCACAAAUAUGAAAAUUCCUUGGGUUUAGUGCGUCAAUCUAUAGAAUUCAAUGGUGGUCUGGGACUGUUUCGCCGCGGCGAAAGUCAGCCGCUUUGCUGGAUGCUGGAAAAUGAAUUUUUGUCUCCAGGUUUCCUCUAUACCAUGCCAUCGGAACGGCGCAAAGGUUAUGGCGAAUUAAUUAUGAAACUGGAACUUAAGCGUCUACUCAAACUCCACAAUUUGGACUUGUUUACCUAUGUCAUUGUCACCAAUGAGCGGUCAUUGCAGUUACAUCGUAAAUUGGGUUUUGAAAUUGCCACACGAAUUGUUUGGUUCGGCAAGCCACAUUAAAGACAAUGAAAUGGGUGUUUUAAAAGAGCAAUAGAAAAUUUAAAUCUAAAUAAAAA